AUGAGGCCUUUAAAGUGUGUGUACUUAUUCAUCUUCAUAUUGUACCUAAGUGUUCGACAAAAUGCCGCAGCAACAAGCAAGGACGGGACGUGCGCGACGGUGGCGGGCGUGGACGAGACGUGCAAGACAUUGGCCGAAGGCGAGGACGAUAUCAACCUAGACUUCUGCGUAUCGACACUGAAGUCCGACCCGCGCAGUGCGUCGGUGGACAUGCACGGGUUGGCUGUGAUCGCUACCCGGCAGCUUCUCGCGCACGCGUCGAGCACGGAGUCGAAGAUUGAGGAGAUGAUGGAGCUGGAGAUGGAUGGGAAGGAGAAGGAUGCGUUUGGAUCUUGCUUGGAUGAGUAUAGAGAUGCGUUGGAUAAGCUGAAUGAUGCGCUGGAUAAUCUGAAUUCGAAGCUGUAUGAUGAGGCGAUUGCGUUGAUGGAGAAGGUGUUUGAUGCCGGCGAGAUUUGCGAGGAGGCGUUCCUGGAGGUGCAGGAGGGAGCGUCGCCGGUGGCUUCGGAGGAUCGGAACUAUGGGCAGUUGGCCGGAGUGGCGCUGGCUCUUGCCAAAUCGGUGGAGUGAUUCAGAGCUUCUGUGAAUGAAGGAAUGCACGCAAGGUGUUUGUAGUUUUGUCUUUUAAAUUUUUAAUUUCUUUUUUUUUAAAAAAAAAAUUUCCUCCCUUUUAUUGUGUUGGUC